AUGAGGUUCCCAGGGGGUGAUGGCCAAAUAAUCUCCAUCAAGGCAAAUAAGAGAACAGCUCGACAAUGCUACGCCGAAAGUCUCAAAGCAUCGCCACCAACAGAGGAGCAACGCUGGGAUGAAUCUCCCACCUUGGCUCACAUAGCCCAGGCCGAGAUCACUAACCUAGACCCAAGAGCGAAAUCUCAUGACAAUAGACCAAGCCCAAUUGACGAGCUAGAUGAUCUCCAGAUCGGCAAACUUACCAGUCAAUGCACAAAAAUCAGCCAACAACUAAACCCAGAACUGCGACAACAGCUCGUAGCCGAAAUCUCCAAGAAUUCUGACCUCUUCGCGUGGUCCAGUGCCGACAUGCCAGGUAUAGACCCUCAUCUCAUAUGUCACAGGUUGGCGAUCCAUAAAGAGGCCAAACCAGUGGCUCAGAGAAAACACAAAGUUGGAGGAGAAAGACGAGAAGCCAUUGUGGUCGAAACGCAAAAAUUGUUGAGAGCAAGCUUCAUCCGAGAUGUCAGAUACACCACUUGGCUAGCCAACGUAGUGCUCGUCAAGAAACACUCAGGCAAGUGGCGCAUGUGCAUCAAUUUCACCGACCUGAAUAAAGCAUGCCCGAAAGACGCGUAUCCUUUGCCGAGCAUUGACAGGCUGGUCGACGGAGGCUCUGGCCAC